AUGCUGGCGGAAUUACUCCUAAUCUGCAAGGCCCUCGGCCUCACCUUCCAGCAAAUCUACACACACCUCAGUCUCGCCCUCUCGCCGCGUCUCCACCGUCUGACCUACCGAUCUGUCGAACACCCGCACAACGUCGUCGUCAUUGGUGCCUCGUUUGCCGGAUAUCAUGCGGCUCGGUGCCUGGCUAGUUCUUUACCAACCGGCUAUCGCGUCGUAAUCGUUGAGAAGAAUACCCAUCUCCAGGUGACGUGGGUGUUGCCACGAUUUAGCGUCGUUAGGGGCCAUGAGCACAAGGCGUUUAUUCCCUACGGAUCAUAUUUGUCGACAGUACCGAGGGGCUCAUACGAGUGGGUGCGGGAUACGGCGGAACAGAUUCUAGUGGAUGAAGAUGGGAGGGGGAAGGUUCAGUUGGGGUCUGGCGAGGCCGUCGACUUUGAGUAUCUGGUUAUAGCGACUGGCGCGUCGGGGACGUUGCCAUCUCGGGUGGGAUUGACGACGAAGAGAGAGGGCAUGGAACUUGUGACCACCGAGCAAGAUAGGUUGAUGACUGCGACAGACGUGGUCGUUCUGGGCGGUGGUCCAGCUGGAAUUGAGUUGGCAGGGGACGCGAAGUCAAGGUAUCCGGAGAAGAAUGUCACGUUAGUGCAUUCACGGAAGUCAUUGCUCAACGACAACUUCGGACCGACGCUGGCAAAGAGAGCGUUUGAAGAGUUGGUGAAUGUCGGAGUCAGUGUGAAAUUGGGAGAGAGGGCCAAUGUCGACAGCAUCGAGGAGACAGGGACGGUGCGGUUACAUUCUGGGGAAACGAUCCCUUGUGAUUAUUUGGCGAAAUGCAUUGGGCAACGGCCGAAUUCCUCUCUGAUACAGGCACUGUCACCCAAGUCGGUCUCUGCGUCAGGACAUAUCCGGGUUAGGCCUACAUUGCAGCUCGCUGAUUCGACAUUAGACCGAAUCUAUGCAGCAGGCGAUGUGAUUGAACUGAACAGUAUUAGAAAUGCGCGCUCGGCGUUUGAGCAGGCACAAUAUGUCGCCAACAACAUUGUCGCUUCCAUCCGGUCUAAGAAGCAAGCCGAGUAUCAUUAUCGCUGGUGGGAGGGCGCAACGAAAUUGACACUAGGCCUGACGAAAACGGUGGCGUAUAUGAGUGACGGAUCGGCGGAGAUCAGUCUCUCUAUGAAAGGCAACGAAGAGAUGGACAGUCCCAUGAUCUGGCGAUUCUUCGGAGCCAAGGCGUUCGUGGACGAGACAGACAAGGUGGAUUAA